CAAUUCGUCUGGUGGAUAGGUCAUGUCGUGUUGUUGAUCUGCACGGCUUUCUAUCUGCCUUACUGGCUCACUUUUAACUAUAAGGCUGGUUCGCAUUGGUACACGCGCGCUUUCCUUGGUGCUAUUAUCAGCUAUGGUGUGGUCGUGUACAAGUCUUUCCCUCAAAUUAAAUUUGAGGCCCAAUUUCUGCAGAGCAUGUUUGUCGAAGAGAACGUUCAGUAUUUCUUGAUGGCCAUCUUCUGGUGGCGUUCAACGCCUAUGCUCGCACCAUUAAUUCCAUAUGCUAUCUUUGCAUUCUUCAAUGCAAUCACAUACAUCAGGACCAACAUCAUCCCAGCCAUCUCUCCCCCCUCUGAGACUGAUCCCAAGGCUUCUCAAGCUACAGGACUUUCACAAAAAAUCCUGAACUUUACCAGGAACAAUCAUGCUAAGGCCAUGGCAUUUGUUGCCUAUGUCGAGGUCAUUGGUGUCAUGGGCUCGUUGAUCCUUGGGGCCAUUACGUUCCAAUCGUCAUUCUUCUCACCACUCUUAUAUGCCAACUUUUUGCGUUUCCGCUACUUCUUCUCUAUCCACACUCGUGCCACAUUUGCGCUUCUUCGUGCUCGCAUGGAUGCCCACGUCAUUGGUAACCCAAAGCUCCCUCCCAAAGCCAUUAAGGCAUACGAGGUCUUGCGUGGGGCUGUCACCCGCUUUGGUAUGGCCGCUGUUCAGCAACCCACUGCUGCUCAGUAA